AUGUCCUGGGCAGCUUUGGGUAUUCCCAAUAUAAGAACUAUUAUCCAAGCAUACUAUCAAGCUGCCAGAGGAGAAAAGAAGAAAAGAAUAUUCGGUCUUGGAUCUGAAGCAAAAACUUACUAUGGGCAGAAUCUUUGUGCCUCAUCAUCUAUAGCACCUUCAGUUUCUCAAUCAACAUCAACAAGAAAUAUGGAUGUGUUUGUGAAGGAAAUGAUUCAUGCCCUUACUAAUCAUUUUCUUUCGAUUAUUAUGGAGCGGGUACAACAAGUGGUUAAUCCCAUUGACAAUCCAUCACUUGUGACACCCAUGAUGCCUCCUCCUGCUACUACUAAUGAGGACGAGGUUGAUUCCUUAAUUUCAAGUGAUGAGGGUAUCCCUUAA